AUGACCGUCACAAGCACCGGCACAUUGACGGUCACGGCACCCUGCUGUCCACAGUGCGGCUUCGGUCUUUCGUUGCCGCCCUCCGAGGAGACGCAGACGGCCUUGCUCAAAGCGCAGCAGCAAAUCGCCGAUCUCGAAGCCCAAGUCCGUCUGCUCAACCAGAAAGCAUCGGCCGCCGUCGACCGCUGGGCCGACUACGAGGAUGAAGUCGCCAGACUGCGCGCUCAGCUCGAGUCGCAAUCGCGACAACAAGCAACCACGCCCCCGGUGAAACAGCAACAACCACAACAACAACCAACCUCCCUUCCUACCCCACCCAGCUCCUCAGCCGGCGCCGGCGGGCCCCUCCCGUCCCCUACGCGCGCCUCAUUCCUCCUCGCCUCAACAACCAGCGCGGCAACGCGCAUCUCGGCUUUGCUCUCCUCCCGCACCAGCAAAUCUACCCCGAACCUAAAACCCCUUCCCCCGGGAGGAGGCGGAACAGGACCGUCCAUAAAACAAGCACCCCCGCCACCACCACGAAGCCCGAUCCCCUCCGUCCCCUCAUCAGCAACCUACCCCCCAACAGUAACGGCAGAAGGCUCACUGUCACUCUCACCACCAGCAAGCCUUACCGGCUCCGGCUCCGGCUCCGGUUCCGGAUCCGGACAACUUAGCACUGAGGAUCUGCUACUAGAAGCGCUCACCCGAGAACAGGCGCUGCGGCGCGAGGCCGAGGGCCGGCUGAGCGCGACGAGCCGCGAGGUAGAGGAGCUGAGCGUGAGCCUUUUCGAGCAGGCCAACGAGAUGGUGGCGUCGGAGCGGCGGGCGCGGGCGAAGCUCGAGGAGCGCGUCGAGGUUUUGGAAAGGAGGGAGCUCGACAAGCGGCGCCGGCUGGAGAGGCUUGAGAGUGCGGUCGGUAGGAUCGAGAGGGUUAGGGGUUUGCUUCGGGAGGGUGGGGGGAAAUAA